GGGCCGUUGGCGCUGCCAAUUGGCUGGGGUGGAUGCGGCGCACACGGCUUUUUUCGCGACCUGCAUCACCACUCAUCUUGUCCGAGCGGGCUCCGAGCUGGGUUUCGACCAUUGAUAAUCAAAUCAUCUCAGCCGCUUCGCCCCUUCUCCUUCAACGUCCCUACCUACUUCUCGCGCUGCCCUAAUACACCAUGCGGACCGCCUGACGAUCAUGUGCCGAGCUGCGAGCUGACUGACGGGCGAUUGUGCUCUGCGCGCUUCCGACGAAGUACGCCUUGCGAGACCUAGCGCCGCCCUGCGUUGAGACAAACUUAUUCGCGGCUCGUGUGCAACCAACGCCAAGCCAACACCAUGGCGACGUCGCUCGAUGGGCAGCGACCGGCACUGUCCCAGGUGCUUCCGCCCUUGAUUCUCGGGACUGCCACCUUCAACACGCAGUACCACCCCGAUCCAACCCACAUGCCCUAUACCGACAUCGUCCGUCGCGCCCUCGAGCACAACAUCGCCGCCUUCGAUACGUCGCCCUACUAUGGGCCUUCCGAGACGCUUCUGGGCGAUGCUCUGGGCACGCUGACGCCGCCGCCCCGGCGAGAAGACUACUUCCUCAUCACCAAAGCCGGACGAAUCGCCGGCCGCGAAUUCGACUACUCGCCCGCGUGGAUCCGAUAUAGCGUGUGCCGCAGCCUGGAGCGUCUGGGCACGCCGUACCUCGACCUCGUUUACGCUCAUGACGUCGAGUUCGUCUCGCCGCAGGAAGUCUUGGCUGCGGUUCAGGAACUGCGCAGCCUGCGAGACCAGGGCCUCGUUCGAUACGUCGGCAUCAGCGGCUACCCCGUCGAGGUCCUCGCCUCCUUGGCCGAGAUGGUGCUUGAGCAGACGGGUGAGCCGUUGGACGCGGUGCUCUCAUACAGCCACUUUUGCGUCCAGAACGGCACUCUGGGCCGGCCCGACUACCUGGAGCGCUUCCGCGCCGCAGGUGUCGAGUGCGUGCUCAAUGCGAGCAUGUUGAGCAUGGGCUUGCUGACGACGCGCGGCGUCGACAAUGGGCCCCAGGCGAGCUGGCACCCGGCACCGCCGGGCUUGCGUAAGGCUUGCAGCCAUCUGGCCGAGCUGGCGGCGCGGCGCGGGGAGCAUCUCGAGGAGGUGGCCAUUCGAUGGGCGCUAGAGAACUGGGCACGGAUCGGUGCGUCCCUGGGCACGGUCGCUUACCCAGCAGGCGUGCUGGCGGAAUUCUCGGGGAGCGUGGACCGAGACGGCGCUGCGGUCCUUCCCCCACGUAUCGGCGUGAGCGUCAUGGGCGUCGCUGCUGUGGAGGAGCUCGAGGAGACGUGGCAGCUGUGGAAGAGCGUUGUCGGGCUGGCAAGCCGAGGUGAUGUGACGACGGCGGCAGCGGCGGCGGCACGGAAGGAUCAGAUUACGGCGAUUGUGCGAGACGAGAUGUGGCCCGCCCUGGGCGCAUGGAAGGACUUUGCCUGGGAGAGUGGCGGCGAGGGCUUCGUCAACGAGAGGGACGUCAGCCUCAAGGGCGUCGUCCCCCGGGAUGGCAUCGCGGAGCGGUGGGGCCUGGUGGCUUCCAAGAAGGUGCUCGACAGUGCAAAGAUAUGACGCUCGUCUGCCAAUGGUAAUCAACGCAAGCAUUAUUCCCGUCGGGUUCGCGGAUACGAAAGCGCAUGGACAUUGAUCGAGGACAAUUUUGGACAUGGUUCACCGCAUCGUCGACCUGAGCCACGCAAUGCGAUUCAAAAUUCACCCAGGGGCCUGUCAAUAUACUCUUGGAACCGGUCCUCCAUGUGCAACGGCAUCAGCUAUUGCUGCAGGCAAUUAAUUCCCUGAGGUGGUGUCGCUCACCUGCACAGUACCGCACCGCACCGCACCGUAUUUCGGGCUCGAAGUUUGAGUCCUGCCCCACAAGCAACGGCAGCGCCACGCGCCUUGGGGUAAGGCUUGGCGUCGAUCCAUGUGCUUGGUGAUGCAACACUCAACACCAAAGCCGCAUCUGGACGUUUGCCGCCGCCUGAUUGGCGGCCAAUUCCCAGGAUCACGACCGUAUCUCGGCUUCAAUAUUUGUGGAGUGCCCUUGUGCGCGUCUUCAUCGCGGACCAAAGACGGGGCAGUACGGUAUUGAUGACGACAGCUGCUACUUUGUAGCUGUGUCGAUGAGGAUUUGGUGAGCAGAUAGAUAGAUGGGCAUUGGUAUAUAAAUGCAGGAUGAACCUGCAAAGUGAGGUCGAUGCACAAGCUAGACAGACGACUCUUUCUCAUUCUUG